AUGCAGCUGCCGCCGCAGCUCGCCUUCGCGCUGUACGCGGCCGCCUUCGCGCUGGGCGUCCCGCUCAACGCCCUGGCCAUCCGCGGCGCCGCGGCCCAGGCCCGGCUGCGCCUCACGCCCAGCCUGGUCUACGCCCUGCACCUGGGCUGCUCGGACCUGCUGCUGGCCGUCUCCCUGCCGCUGAAGGCGGCGGAGGCCCUGGCCUCGGGAGCCUGGCCGCUGCCCGCCCCGCUGUGUCCCGCCUUCGCGGUGGCCCACUUCGCGCCGCUGUACGCGGGCGCCGGCUUCCUGGCCGCGCUCAGCGCCGGCCGCUACCUGGGCGCGGCCUUCCCCCUGGGCUACCAGGCCGUGCGCAGGCCGCGCUACUCCUGGGCCGUGUGUGUGGCCAUAUGGGCCCUGGUCCUCUGUCACCUGGGGCUGGUGUUUGGGCUGGAGGCUCCGGGGGGCUGGCUGGGCGUCAGCACGCCGGUCAACGGCUCUCCCGUCUGCCUGGAGGCCUGGGACCCGGACUCCGCCGGCCCGGCCCGCCUCAGCCUCUCGCUCCUGCUCUUCUUUCUGCCCUUGGCCGUCACGGCCUUCUGCUAUGUGGGCUGCCUCCGCGCACUGGCUCACUCGGGCCUGAGCCACAGGCGGAAGCUGCGGGCGGCCUGGGUGGCCGGCGGGGCCCUGCUCACGCUGCUGUUCUGCCUAGGGCCCUACAACGCCUCCAACGUGGCCGGCUUCCUGCACCCCGACAUGGGCAGCCUCUGGCGGAAGCUGGGGCUCAUCACAGGUGCCUGGAGCGUCGUGCUCAAUCCGCUGGUGACCGGUUACCUGGGGAGGGGUCCCAGCGGGGGGACGGCGUGUGCAGGAAGAACGCAAGGAGGGACAUCCCAGAAGUAGCAGCCCCCGCUGCGGGGAAGGAGCAUAGAGCCGGAGGGGCCGGUGGCGGUGCAGGCCCCUGGCGGGGGCUGCUGCGGAGAAACCACAGGGCAGCCUUGCCCUGGGCCACCCGUGCAGCCGCUCCUGGAAAGAGCCCGGCCGGGGUGAAGAGUGGAGGCCAGGAGCCGGGCCGCAGGGGGAAGGUAAGCUCCCCUCCUGCCUCUGCGUCUGCCCUCCGAGUGUCCUCACCUGCCUGUGGGCAGAGCUCUGUGCUCGGAGGAAGGAGAGGACAGAAGUCGGAGUCUCAUCUAGAGGAACUGCCACUGCAAUGCUGCAUUUUAGGAGAUGCUACUCGGAAAUCAUUUGAGGAAAAAAAAAACUAAGGCAGAAGGCAGGAUAAUGACGCUGUUAUACUACUUUGCGGUCACAAGGGGGCAGCAUUAGAGCUGUGCACAAAAGAUGCUUCGGCAGGACACCAAGCACAGGAAAAUUGUAGUAGCUGCAGCAAUAAAUAUACAGUCGACCCUUCAGCAGUGUUGGGGGCGCCGAUGCCCACACAGUGGAAAAUCUGUGCAUAACUUUUUUUUUCCAAGAGCACCCAUAAUGACAUGUAAAUUUUGACUCCCUGCAAAAAUUUUAAACUACGAAUAGACUGCUAUUGACAGGACGCCUCACCAAUGAACAUAAAGUCAAUUAACACAUAUUUUGUAUGUUAUAUGUAUUAUAUACUGUAUUCUUACAAUAAGGUAAGCUAGAGAAAAGAGAAUGUUAUUAAGAAAAUCAUGAGGAAGAGAAAAUUCAUUUUCAGUACUGUAACGUAUUUAUCGAUACCGUAAGUUUACAAUCGUCUGUUUGCAAGAUGAAUCGUAGACCUCAAUCUAUGGCAUCAAUAUAUCAAGCAAUUCAACUUUUUCUUGUAAUGUCAUGACUUCUCUGCCUUUUGGGGGCCCUGACGGUAUAACUAGGGGCACUUCGCAGGGGUCCCAUGGGGUUAUUUGAGGUUUAUGGUAUUGCACUAAACCCAACGAAAAAUACACAAGAACUAUGGGAGAUCACUUUCUACUUCAAAACACAAUAUGCUGGAGAGAAAAACUGCUUGCAAGGAGAAGAUUAGUGCCGUAUGGCAUUUUAAGCAGAUACCUAAAACAAUUGAUCUCACUAACAGGAAGUGGCAACGACAUUAUUACAGUGAUACUUUAUGUACUAUGGUAAUUUUGUGUGGUUAUGGUUUAAUACUUCAUCUUUAUGUUUGUUUACGCUUCUCUUGACUGCGAAUGGCACUAUGUAUAGUCUGAGUUUGAGUGCAUACGUUUUUGAUAAAUAUUAACUUUUCA